CAUGGUGCUGGUCAGCAGCAGCAGCAGCAGCUGGUCGCGCCGGCGGACUCCGGUUUUACAGAAGUUAAAGGUCGAGUGGCGGUACACGGCAAUUUUUAGCAAGACUGCAAAACGCCAUUCGCCUAUCCUGACCGUACGUCGAGUGUCAUGAACCCUAUAACUAAUCCCGACGUGGCAAAGUUCGGUUCGAACGACGCCGCAUCAGCCGCCGAGGCCCGCGACGGUCGCAGAGAGCCGGAGCAGCCCGUCGGAGUGGGUCUGCGUUCGCAGGCUCAGACGGACGGAAGCGGCGCACUUGUGAGCGACGCGUUCGCCAUUUGCCAAGCCCUGGGCCUCUCCAGAAGCGAGCUCGUCAGCAUGUCGGUGCGGCAGCUGAACGUCCGGGUGCGCACGGCCAAUCUCGGCGUCCAUCAGACCCGCGCCGUCAAGCACCUACGGCGCAUGCUCAAGAACCGGGGCUACGCGGCGAUCUGCAGGACACGCAGAGUUGAGCAGCGCAGCUACUUGGAAGAGCAGAAGGAAAUCAUCCGUGCACACAUUGAGGCUCUGGAGGCCGACAACGGCGAACUGGCUACAGAGGUUGCGCGCAUCCAACGGGACUUUACUGGGCUUCUCACUUGGUGUGCUGAACACCAUAUGCUAACUGCCGAAGAGGUCCAGUCGUUCAAGAGCCCUCGGCAAGAAUCAAAGUAGACUGCUCUUGCGGACGGCAACAGCACUCGAUCUCAGUGGCUUUCUUCUUUUUUGCCAUCUUUUUGUUUGUUUUGGUUGUGAGCGAAGAACACAUCAGUCUGAGCAGAGCACAGCUUUAAGAUUGUCAAUGCUCAGAUGAUGUGGUUUGAGUUGUGGCCAAAAUAUAGCCAAGUUUUACUGGUUCUGUA